AGAACCCGGAAGUAGUGGCAGAUGACUUUACAAAACUGUACAUCUUUCCUAACAUUUACAGAGCAAUUUGUGAUAAUUCCGCGUCUUUUUUCCGCGUUUUGUGGCGUUAGCGAGUCUUAAGACACUCUGGUGACUGAGGUGGACAUUUUGUUUUACGAAAUGGCUUCUUAUUUUGACGAACACGACUGUGAACCCACCACGGAAAGCAGCACACCGUUUUCACAGGCCAACAACUUGUUAUUACAACUGGCAAGAAUGCUGCUUGAACAAGGGCCAGAUUUUGAGAUGGACCUCACAAGCCUAACACCCGGGGAACGUCAAGCACCACCUGCAUCCAAAGCAGCUGUGGAAUCAUUGAAAGCUGUUCAGAUCACGCCCAGUCAAGCAGCCAAGGGUGCCAGCUGUCCUGUAUGUCUUGCUGAGUUUGAUGAAUACGAGUUUGUAAAGGUCAUGCCCUGUCAACACAAGUUCCACCCAUCCUGUAUACUCCCCUGGCUGUCAAAGACCAACUCCUGCCCAGUGUGUAGACAUGAGCUGCCCACAGAUGACCCUGAGUAUGAAGAGGCCAGAAAGGAAAAAGAAAGAGCAAAAGAAAGAGAGGCGCAGCUGGAUAUGCUUCACAAUGCCAUGUAUGGAUAGGUGGAUUUGCAAUAUACACAGUGCUGCUUCAACUGGACACUUUUCCUUCAUAGGAUGCUCAAUUACAUAUGGCUUUAUUUGACUCAGGAGGAGGGGGGGGGGUAGUCCUGGACAAAAUUUAAUCUUGAGUCUGUUUCACUUUUGAUUUACCAAUAUUUGCCGGUUAGGCAUGAUAUAUAUUUUUUUUUAAGAUUGGGUACUAAUAUUUCUCAGUUUAUUUUAACAAUGUAAUACAUGUAAACAUUGGCAAUCUGCACAUUUUUCAGUUUUAUUCCAUGUUUUGCACUUC